GUGGUGGCGCACUGCACUAGUCUGUCAGUAAACAGAGGGUGUGUACAUUAGUACUUAGCUCUGAUGUCUUCAGUUACAGAUUAAAGCAGGUGCGGUUUUUUAAAACAUGGACAGGCGCCUUAUUUAUCAUUUUUACUCGUCUUUAAUUUUGGGGCUCACAGCUUUUACUUUGGAAACUACAGCUUCUGGAAACUUAGGGCAUGCCAGUUUUACUAUUCAUCACAAUCACAAAGAUAGCUGCCUUGAAGUUGAAGACUCUCAACUGAGAGUAGUACAAUGCAAGAGCUCCCCAUCAAUGCAGUGGAAGUGGGGGACCAGACACCGGCUUUAUAACAUUCAGUCGAUGCAGUGUCUUGGGCUUGACCUUAGUGAAAAUGCAGUUGGAAUGUUUGAGUGUGACACAGCCCAUGUGAUGCUAUGGUGGCGCUGCGCUCAGAAUUUUCUCUUUAGUGCAUCCCAGUAUCGACUGUCAGCCACAGGUGGCUCUGUAACAGCAAGCUUGAACUCGAACGAUACCUGGACGAAAGACAACUCUACUGACAGCAUCUGCCAUCAGCCUUACGAAGAGGUCUACACAACACGUGGUAAUUCUUUCGGGCUGCCUUGUGAAUUCCCAUUUAAAUACAAUGGAACGUGGCACCAUGACUGCACCUCAGAUGAAAGAGAGGAAGGGAUGGAAUGGUGUGCCACAACUGCACUUUAUGAUACUGAGAAGAAGUGGGGAAUCUGCUUAAAACCAGAAACUGGGUGUAAACGCUUGUGGAAUCAAGAAGCUGAGACUGAACACUGCUAUCAGUUUAACUUCCAGUCGUCCCUGUCUUGGAAGGAGGCUCGGGUGUCUUGUCUGAGUCAGGGGGGGGAUUUACUCAGUGUUUCUAACACAACUGAACUCCCCUACGUACUUGGAAAGGAGGGCUAUCCCGACUAUGUGUGGAUUGGUUUAAACCAGCUGGAUUUAGCUGUUGGAUGGCAGUGGUCUGAUGAUUCUCCGCUUGCCUUUGUCAAUUGGAAACGGGGGAUGCCAAGCUUGUCUUUCUUAAAAGAGUCAAGCUGUGGCAUAAUGGAUUCUGAAGGUAACUGGGAGAGUUUGUCUUGUGAAAGCAAGUUACCGUACAUCUGUAAAAAAAAUGUUAAUGAUUUGCAACCAGAAACUGAAAACUCCUGGAAAUACAAGAUUACUAGCUGUGAAUCGGAUUGGCUCCCGUACAGUGGGUACUGUUAUAUGAUGGUAAAUGAGUCGGACACCCAAGUGAUGGCAGUUAAAACAUGCAAGGGAAAAGGAGGCGUGUUAAUAAGCAUCCACUCUUUAGAGGACAUUGAGUUGAUUAUCACCAAGCUGCAUAACAAAACAGAGGGAGAUGUAUGGACUGGACUGAUGAAUAACCAAUCCCCAGCCUUGUUUGAGUGGACUGAUAGGACCCCUGUAACAUUUACAUACUGGAGCUGGCAUGAACCCAGUGUUCCCUUUAACAAAACCCCCAACUGUGUGGCAUAUACAGAACAGCUUGGCAACUGGAAGGUCGUGCCAUGUGACAAAAAGCUGCCAUUCGUAUGUAAGAAGAAAGGUGAAGUGAAAAAUGACACAAAGUCUGACGAGGGCUGCCCAACAGACGGGGACUGGAAGAGGCAUGGUGAUUCCUGCUAUAAGGUUGAUAAGAAUGAAGUGUCCUUUCAAGAAAGUUUUAACCUUUCAAUAACUAAUAGGUUUGAACAAGCAUUUAUAAACAGCCUUAUUAGAAAAUACAGCAAAGAUGAUAACAAGUACUUUUGGACAAGCCUUCAGGAUAAAAACAGUAAUGGACAGUAUGAAUGGAUAACUAAAGAGGGCGUGCAGCCUGUGACAUUCACCAACUGGAACAUGUAUCAGCCAGAUGUUCUUGGAGGAUGUGUUGUAAUGUCAGCAGGAAAGUCUCUUGGAAAGUGGGAAGUGAAAGACUGUAAAAAUUUCAAAGCCAUGGCUAUUUAUAAGAAGGUUAUCGGGAAUCACACAAAUCCAGAACCAGAAAUCGAUCCCAAUGCUUCCUGCCAAGAAGGAUGGUAUUCUGGAAAAGACCUUCUUUAUUGUUACAAGACAUUCCACCAUGAAAGAAUAUCUAGAAAAAGAACAUGGGAGGAAGCAGAAAGGUUUUGUGAAUCACUGGGUGCCCAUCUUCCAAGCUUUCAAAAUUUUGAUGAAGUGCAAUCUGUUCACUAUGCGCUAAGAGAUAUAAUCAGUGAUGAUCGAUUUUUUUGGAUUGGAUUAAAUAAGCGAUACAGAAAUAAUUGGGAAUGGAGCGACAACAGACCAGUUUCAUCAACUAUUUUACUGAAUGAGUUCCACGAAGAUGACUAUCUUGUUAGAGACUGUGUUGCCUUUAAGACUAUGAAGCACAAAAUGGGAAAUUUAUUUAUGUUUAUGCUGCCAACCCACAAGAUUCAGGACUUCUACCUGAAACCUUUUCACUGUGGUGCCAAACUGGAGUGGAUCUGUCAGAUACCACGAGGUGUGAAGUCAAAAAUGCCUGAUUGGUAUAACCCUGAAGCACAUCAUCAGUCAUCUGUGUUUGUAGAUGGAGAUGAAUUUUGGUUUGUGAAUGACUCAAAACUGACCUAUGAUCAAGCUUCUUUCUAUUGUGAGAGCAAUGGAAGUGUACUGGCAUCUCCAAAGUCUUUUACAGCAGCAAGAAUGAUACAAGAGUCAAUAAGAACGAUUUCUGAAAAUCAUACCCAGAAGUGGUGGCUGAAUUACAGAGAUCGUUUGAAACGCUUUCAUCUGAGGUUUUGGCUGCAACCUUUCCCUUCUAGAGAGUGUUUGUUUAUGACUGCUGAUACCAUGCAUGUACCAACAUUUGUGGAAGUUGACUGUGAGCAGCAAUUGCCUUUUGUUUGUGAGAGAAUAAAUACAACAGCUUUGGAAACAGACUCAAAGACACAUCAUACAAUCGGAGAGUUAUGUGAUAAUACAACCAUCUCUUUUGGGGACAAGUGCUAUAUAAUAAUAAAAAAACCCAAAAACAUGCCAUUUGCUAAAGCCAGCGAACUCUGUAUCUCUCUUGGGGGAACACUGCCAACUAUCUCCAGUCAAGUCGAGCAAGAUUUCAUUACAUCUCUGCUCCCUGGUAUGAAUCAAACAUUGUGGAUUGGGCUGGAGAUGGAUCUUCAGACUGCAAAUCCUGAAUGGGUAGACAAGAGUCCAUUGACAUAUGAUAACUUUAAUACACUACUCCAUGGGAGGCUACGGAAAGUUAAAAUUGAUCACUCAGAUCCAGAGUCUUUGAAACAGUGCACUUAUAUCCUAAAUGAUCCUGCUUCUUCGUUUGUGGGGACCUGGGAUUUUACUUCUUGCAGUGAUUCCAACUAUGUUGGGAUCUGUCAGGCUUAUAGAGCUAAAGCACAGGAGCCUGAUGUUUCCAAUGCUACACUGCAGUUUGAAGGCCAUACAUACAAAAUAAUCAAGCAGAACCUCACCUGGUAUGAUGCACUGGUGCAAUGCAGGGCAGAGAAGAUGGAAUUAACUAGUAUCUCUGAGACCUACCAGCAAGCAUUCCUGACUGUCACAGUCAACAGUUUCACACAGCCUGCGUGGAUAGGACUCUUCAGCGAAGAUGAUGGACUGCAUUUCCGCUGGUCAGAUAAUACCCACACUGUCUACAGUCGCUGGUCAGAGGAUGACACAGAGCCUAGUGGAGAGUGUGUGUACAUGGGUACUGAUGGCUAUUGGAAAGCUACUGAUUGUGAUGAAAAGCUAGCUGGAGCCAUUUGCCAUAUUCCCAAAAAUGACAGCACAACACAACAUGAUGCUGAAAGCUCAAAAUGUCCACACAAAAUUCAGGAUGUUCCUUGGAUACCAUUCAGAAACAAUUGUUACACGUUUCAGACAACUGCUAAAAGAUGGAAGUCAUUUCAACAACAUGAAGCUUAUCAAGUUUGCAAGAGUCUAGACCCUAAAGCUGAAAUUUUGAGCAUUAGAGACGAGCAUGAGAAUGAGUUUAUAAAACAACAACUGAAACCCUUCAGUUCACUAGCUAGAUGGGUGUGGAUUGGUGUAUAUUAUGAUGGUAAUAUCAGCCUGAAGUGGUAUGAUGGAACUUAUGUUCAGUAUUCAAACUGGAGAGGAGGAAGACCAGAAGUAAACAGCAGUGAUUUUUACACUGGUAUCCACUCAGACGGUGCUUGGGAUUUACUUCCAUAUAAUCCCUUUUUUAAGUACUUUCAGGACCAUAGUAUUGUUGCUUGCAAGAUUGAAAGAGACUUUAAAGAUGAAUACCAGCAGUCGUUAUCUGGAUUUAUAAAGCAUGGGAACUUCUCCUUUCGAUUGAUCCAGAAGAAAAUGAACUGGUAUGAUGUGCUAAGAGAAUGUAAAAGCAGUGGAAGUGAUCUAGCGAGCAUCCGUGAUGAAGCCGAGCAGCUCUUCUUGAAAGGCCUGGUAAAGCUGGAUGGCUUUCCUCUGUGGAUCGGCCUCUCUAAUCAGGAUGAUACAGGGUCAUCUUUUGAAUGGUCUGAUGGAGCUGUCUUUGACUACAAGCCGUGGGAAUUUGAAAACUCAGACUCUACCGGAAAUUGUGUUUAUAUUGACACCAAAGGGUUUUGGAAGCGUGAAAACUGCAGCGCUGUUCUCAAUGGAGCUGUUUGUUAUAAUAAAACAACUCCUGGAUCAAACGUAGCCGAUACUACAAUGUCACCUGGUUGUCCCAAGAGCAAUGGCUUAUCAAACUGGAUCCAGUAUAAAGACCACUGCUAUGCCUUUGACAUAUCCUUCUACAACUACUCUGUGUUUACCAUGGAAGAAGCUAAAGCUUUCUGUCAGACUCUUGAUCCCUCUUCACGUCUGCUGACUAUACAAGAUGAAUAUGAAAAUCAGUUUGUCAUAAACCAGGUGAAGAAGAACCCUCUCAUCACUGGGCGUGUCUGGCUUGGUAUUACACUUGACUCCAAAGAUCACCCUAGCUGGAUUGAUGGUUCAAGUAUCAGCUUUUCAAACUGGGAAAAGAAUACUGACAAAAAGAAAGUCGGCUGUUCUGUUCUAGUAUCUGCAAGCGGAAUGUGGACGUAUGUCAGCUGUAAUCAGAGUCGCAACAGGCUUGUGUGCAAAGCUCCAAAUCGACCGGAGAAUACUGCCGUAACCAUUGCAUUUAUUUUACUAAUGGUCCUAACAGGAAUUGCCGGAAUAGUUUAUUUUGUAUACAGAAGAAAUAGGAUGAGGUUUUCUUCCAUGUUUUCAUCAGUGCGUUAUGAAAGAAGCUUAGACGAUGCAGACAGUACCAGUAUAUUAACAGAGACUAGAGAUGAAUAAAGAUAUGAAACAAAGUGCAGAUAUUUUUAUACAGCUUAACAAACAAGUGCACUUUUACUUACUUACCAGCACAACCACACAAAUACUCAAUUCGUAAUUUAUUACAUACAUUUCACUUUAAAAUGUAUCAAACUAUGCCAAUUACAGCAGCAUGAAAUGCAUCUUUUUUUGGCAUUAGUCUCCCAAUUUACAAAAUGUUGUGCUUUUUUUGUGAUAAUUCCAUACAAAAAAUCACUGCCAAGUAACGGGCAGUGUCUGCCACAGAAAGUUGGCAACAAACUUUUUGUAACCUGCAAAUGCACCUGAGGUUAGCAUGUUUUCACUUUGAAGAUUACAGCAACCCCAAAACAAUACGGAAAUUUAAAAAAAAAAAAAAAAAAAAAAUUGAUAUUCAUUCAUGCAAGUUCUGUAUUAUUAUUGAUUUAUCUGAUGUACUUAUUAUUAUGCUUUUAUUUGUAUUUGUAACUGAUUCAGUGAAGCUCGGAAGUCACAAAGUAUACACUGUACUAUUAAUAACAUUUUACACAGCAGUGGGAUUGCAACAAUGUCAGCACUAGCAAAUGUGGCUCCCUUAAAACUGUCCACCAUGUAAACAAGCCAUUCUGUACGUUAGUGGCAUGCGUUUCCAAUUACAGUCAGGCACAUUGCAACCCUGUACUUCUAUUGUGGUAAAUGAAUCUGUCGACAAACCAAUUUACAUUUAUAGUACUAGUUUAUUUUAAAGUGUCAAAGUUCUACGUCUUAUUGUAACGUAAUAUAUAAAAGAAGAUAUAUGAGAUUAAAUAAGUUGGCUGUUAUUGUCAAAAACAAAACAAACUUUUUUUUUUUUUUUAAUUGUGUGAAUGUAACAAAUAGCAUAGGGUAUAUUUGUCUCAAACAAAAGCACUUGUAUUUAUACUUUUGUGUAUGAUGUAAACUAUUUUAGAGCUAUUGAACAAACUACUGAUUGUCUGAUUACCUUAAAUGUCGGCUUUAAAAAUGUGAAGCACAACUAUUGACAAACUAUGAACACAUGCUGUAUUUUUUAAAUCCUGCAGUGCCUCUAAUGUACUUUGCUGAUUUAGCUUAAUGUAAAUCUUAACCAUAUAUAUAUAUAUAUAUAUAUAUAUAUAUAUAUAUAUAUAUAUAUAUAUAUUAGGGGUGCAUUGAUAAUCGGUAGCCUAUCGGCAUGGCACCGAUAUAAGGGAAAAAAACACAAUCGGCUAUUGGUAGUUUUUGUUAUUUUAGCCGCUAAUGUACACCGAUAUUCAUGCUUGAAUUUCUUCCAGCACAGAAUUUAAUGUUUGGUCAGGCGCGCUUACUAAUGACACAAGAACACUGACACUCAUUUUUCUCGGUGCUGUGCGAUCAAAAUGCAGUAAAUACAUCUCAAAAUAGCGGCGUUUGGAUUUUAUUUUAAAUAUCUGAAAACAGCAAUAAGAUAGCGUGUGCAGAACAGACUUGCUACAUUAAAUUCAACGAUGAACUGCAAGUAGAAUAUUCUGAUGCUUAAAAAAAAAUGGGUCGAAUCCUAACUAACAUUAAUAGUUUAAGUUGUUAUUAUUAUUAGUAGUAGUAGUAGUCGUAGCAGUAGUAGUAGUAGUAGUCGCAGUAGUUUCGAGUACAUGUAGCCUAUAGAGUUAACAGACUAACAUUCACCCUAAGUAAUGCUUUGUAGUUGGUUUCAGGCUGACAGAACUGUAAUAAAUAUAGGGGUAUUUAUUAUUUGUAAGAAAAUAGUAUUAACUGGGCAAAUUAUUGUUCAAAUGCAGCAUCGAUGCGUGGUUAGUUACAAAACUGCCUCUGCAAUGUCUCUGCUCCGUCUCUCUCUCUUUGGCAGCUUGGCAUCUCCUCAGGUCCUACUCCGUAGGUCACUCGAUCAAAUCGUAGUUAUAAUCCGCAAUGUUUGACAACAUGUGUUUUUACUAGUACAACUGCAAAGUGUUAUUUUUGUUUGCCUAUGUUGUAAAAUAAAUGUAUAAAUUGCUGACAAGCACACAAUAUAAUACUACUUUACUCUUUGUAUUCAUUUUCUGAAGUAAAUGCAACAAGUAAACAAUACCUGUUCAUUUUUGUCAUAAAUACAACAAGUAAACGAUAUCUGUUAAUUGUUUAACAUGUAUAAUUACAAAACAGUUUAAAUAUAGGCCCUAUGUCUUGUUCUAGUAGUUUACCAACACUGUCUAUUUAUUAUCUAUCGGACGAUAUGGGUAGAUCACCAUCGGCUAUCGGUAUCAGCCAAGAAAAUCUUAUCGGUGCACCCCUAAUAUAUACAUAUACACUGCUGUGCAAAAGUCUUAGACAUGUUGCAUUUUUCUACUCUGAUGCAUUAUGAGGAUCAACUAUUUACUCAAAGACUCCAUUUUCAAGGUGUGGUAUUUGAUGCAAAUUCAAAAAGUACAGAGAAACAUCAUCUGUAA